AUGCCUGGAGAGCAGCCCCGCGGAGCACCACCCCCAACCAUGACCCGAGGCCUGCAAUCUGGCCAAACAACCAGUGGCAUGGCCAGCGGCACAGCCUCCCAGCCCCCCGGCGAGGACAGUGCCCUGGCCAGCAGGACCACCAAGGCCAUGAGGGAGCCGGGCAGUGGGACCCAGGCCAUGGAGCCCCCUGAUACCCAGCCUGGGCAGGCUAGGGAGGUGGAGCCCAAGGCCACCCUCCAGAGAACCCAGCCCCUACGCAGCCCCCCCAGGAAGGGUGGUAGCCCCCGGGCCCCACUGGGGAGGAGCCACACACAGGCUCCCACAGGGCACCCAGGCAGGGCAGACAACAGCCCCCAGCAGCUCUACACUCUGAGCAUUUCGGGCUCCAGGGCCAGGCCUGCUCUGGAGGAGACCCCUGAGGGCCCCCAGCGGGAGGGCCCCCGGCCCCCAGAAGCAGAGGCCCCAGAAGAGCUCACCUUCCAAAGGUGCUUCCAGGAGACACCCUCCAGCUUUACCUCCACCAAGUAUACCUCACCGAGUGCCACCCCAGGGCCCCCACCCCUUAGGGCCCCCCAGAGCAGUGGCGCCAGUCCCUGCAGGCCAGCCUCCUACUCAGAAUUCCAGGCCAGUGGGGCCGAUGCCUGGCUUCCCGCUGCUGAAAACGACUUCCCAGGUGCUAGUUUCAGGGUCCUUCCCACAGAACCGGAGCCCUUCCCCAAAGGUGGCAGCCCCAGGGUGGCCUCCUUCCAGAUCCCCUUCCCAGCUCUGCCUGGGCCUGGCCCAAAGCCCUUCCCCGAGGACCCGGCGGGGCCUGAGUACUCUGAGAGGGCCCUGGUGUUUGCCUUCCACCAGCCUCGGGGAGAAUGGCAGGAGGAGGCAGUGGGCACAGGCGUGGCCUACCCGCUGCCCACCCAGCCUGCUCCCCCACCCCCGUCCUGCUUCUCCAGCCAGCCCGGGCACCUUGACCCCACCAGUGACCUCGGCCGUGCUCUCCCCACAACUGGUGCUGCUCGCCCGGUCCCCAGCCCCUUCUCAGAGAGCACGGUCACCUUCCCAGACAGUUUGCACAAGAGCCUGACCACAGCCCUCCCUGAGAGACCGCCUUCAGCCCAAAAUGGACUGGGGAGCCCCAGGGGACCCCCAAACUCUCUGCCCCAGAGGCACUUUCCAGGGCAGGCUUAUGGAAGCCCGGGAGCCAGUGGGGUGGGCACCAGUCCUAGUUCUCUGGACACAGAGCUGGCCAACCCUGGGCCCCCGCCCACCAGACUGCCCCAGCUGUGGGAUCCCAUCAGAGCCCCCUACCCCACACCUCCCCUGGGCCCCCCCGCCACCACCAGGAGUGUGUUCUUUGAAGGCCAGCCCAGCUCUGGACAGAGGUUUGGCCUCCCCCAGAGCCCCCCACUGCCCUGGCCCCAGGUGCUGCCGGCCACCAGGCCCAGCACCCAUCAAGUGGAGAUGCUGAACCGGCUGCCUUUUCCCCCAGGGACCCCUGAGUGGCAGGGGGGCCGCCAGGUAGCCCUGGGUGCUGCCAGCAAGACACCUGGACCUGGGGAGAAGCUGGUGCUGAGAAACAGCCCCGGCCAGCACAGCAGCAGCUCCCCAGGGCUGUUCACCUACAAUGGACUGCAGGACCCUGGAGCCCAGCCCAUGUUCUUUGGAGUAGCCCAGCCCCAGGUCUCACCCCAAGGGACCCCCAGCCUGCCCCCACCCAGGCUGGUGGGAGCCUCUCCCAGUGAGUCCCCACUGCCCUCACCCGCCACCAACACAGCCGGCAGCAGCACCUGCUCAUCACUGUCACCGCUGUCCAGCAGCCCAGCCAACCCCAGCUCGGAGGAGAGCCAGCUCCCCGGCCCACUAGGGCCCUCUGCCUUCUUCCACGCCCCCAAUCACCCCCAGGAGAACAGCAGCCCCUUCCCAUCCCCUGACCCCUCACAUGCCCUUCCCAUCCACUACCAGCCAGAACCAGUCAAGACCUUCCCUUUCCCCACAGAGGUGCUGGGGGCUGAGGGGACCUUCAAAUGCCUGGAGGAGGUCCCAUUCCCCAGUGCGGUCCCCGAGGUGGGCAGUGGGCGGCUGGAGGGCUUCCCCCCGGAGCCGCCCCCCUACUCUGCCCACCACUUCCCCCUCAGCAGCGCCAGCCUGGACCAGCUGGACGUGCUGCUCACUUGCAAGCAGUGUGACCGAAACUACAGCAGCCUGGCCACCUUCCUGGAGCACCGGCAGUUUUGCAGCCUGCUCCUGGCCAGGACCAAGGACAGCCACCAGCAGCCCGCAGAGAUCCCCACGCCUCCUGCUGCCCCCUCUGUGCUGGCUGCCCCCAAAGCACCGGCCCCCGGGAACCCAGGCCUUCUCAGCCACACUAAGACGGUCCCCUUCCUGCUAGGGGGAGACCUCCGGGUGGAUGGCAAAGAUGACCCCCUGAGGACAACUUUCUUGCCCAGCCUGACCACUGCCCCUUUCCCACUCUCCGCUGCGGACCUGGACCUGGAGGACGAUGCCAAGCUGGACAGCCUCAUCACCGAGGCACUCAACGGCCUGGAAUAUCAGUCAGACAACCCCGAGAUCGACAGCAGUUUCAUCGACGUCUUCGCUGAUGAAGAACCUUCUGGCCCCAGAGGUACCAGUGCUGGGCUGCCCCCCAAGACCAGGGUGGGUGGGGCCACGCCAGAGAACAAAGCCCACCCCCUGCUCCCAACCAUGGAGUCCCAGGCCCCCUGCCCGGGGGAUGGGAGCUACACAGCCUGCAGCCGGCCCAAAACUCGAUCCCUGGGCCCAGUGCCUGCGGAGGCAAAUGGUGCCAGCCUGGCCAGCCAGCAGAGGAGAGGGAAGCAGUUUAAGUUUUCCCAGGGGGAACUGGACACAGCCAACACUGCCAAGAGGUCGGGCAGGGGCACCAGAGCCUCCUGUCUGAGGCCCAGGAGGAAGGGCAACAGGACUGAGCCAGCCCCACACCGCCCCCGGGACCUCAGGACCCGAGCCCUCAAGAGCCACACAGAUCCCUGUGGAAGGCUCCUCCCGGUGGAGACUCGGAGCUCUAAGCGCCUCCGGCUGUCCCUGCGGAAGGACUCCAGGAGGAGGAAGGCCUGGGGUGGCACCUGGAGCAAGGAGCUCAUCCACAAGAUUGUGCAGCAGAAGAAUCAGCUGCACAAGCAGCAGGCACAGCAAGGCCAGGGCAGUUGCUUCUCCCUGGCAACCGAGAGGCCCGCACCCAGCGCCCUGGAUGGCAGGCUUCAGGAAUAUGACUAUGCUUCAGAGUCCGAGGAAGAGGACAACUUGCAGCCACGGGGCUCCCGCCUCAGAGGCCGGCCUCGACACGGCAGCCGGCGGUGGCGCCGAGGUGAGAAGAGGAAGGAAAUGGACUUAGCCCUGGGUCCUAGAGAAGAGCGAAAGCAGCAGAAAUCCAGGAAGGUCGUGAGGCCGGAAACCACAAAGCCAGGCAGGCCUUGCCCAGGCCCCAGUGAGAGCCCUGAGGGCCAGGGCCCACUGCCAAGCCCGGAGACCAUAGACAGCCCUAAGGAGAGAGACCCCAAGUGUCUCCUGCAGAUUCCCACCAGGACCAAGACCCCAGAAGAAAGCCAUGCAUCGCUGGACUUCCCUCAAGAAGAUGUUCCUCCUGACACCACCACCAGAGGUGCUUCGGGCUCUCCUCCCUCCACCUGUGUGGAAGGAAGUCCCUGUCCCCCAGCCCCUGAGCGACCACAACCAGGCAGGGAGGACACCAUGGUGCCCCACAGGAGCUCAGCAGUGCCAGGUGCAAGCAGUCUGCUGGGUGUCCCCCGGUGCACAGAACCCCCCAUCUCUCAUGACAAAGAGGACCCCCCUGCCUGCCUGCCAGGAGAAUUGCUGGUCCCCAUCACUGACACCACUGCUGCCUACCCCGAGCCCAGCACCCUGUUUUUAAAGACCCCUGAUCUUGGGUGUGACUCUGCUCUUAUUAACAGAGACUCCCUGGUUCCAGGUGCCAAAAAGGAGCCCCAGCCCUACAGCAGUCCCCCCAGAAAAUUGCCCCUUGGACCCCAAGACCUGGCUGGCUGUUUCCCCAAAGACUUGUACUCCAAGCCCUUGGAUCCAGACACUCCUGCAGCCAGUAGCAUGCACCUGUGCCAGGAGGGUGUGGACUCCAGUUCCCUCGAGCCAAAACCUCCCAGGAAUCCAGCCUACACAGUGGACACCGACCCAGGCAAAGCCGAAUCACCACUGACCUUGGAGUCCACGCCCCUCCUCUCGGGGCUGCCCAUGGACGACUUCGACUCACCCAUCUACAGCAGCCUAUCCGGAAAUGGGGACGCACAAUCACCGCCUACAGGCAUUGACCCACCCCCAAGGAAACCCCGGCUGGACCCACCGUACCCCUCAUUUCUGCCUGAGAAGGGCUGGUCUCUGCUGGAGGAAGUUUCCCCGAUGCUUUCCAGCCAUCUGGAUCAUCCUCCUGACCUCUCAGGGGCAAAGGUGUUCAGUAAGAAGGGUCCUCGUGAAAGGACAAACGCCGCCACCCCUCCCCCUUUGCCGUGCAAGGUUAACGAAUGUAGCAUCACUUUUAUGAGCAACCUGUCUGAGGAUGAAUUAGAGAUCAAAAGAUUGGUUACCGAAUUAGAAAGUCAGCUGCAAAGUAAAGGUGUGCAUGAGGCCCCAGGAGAGCUGCGUGGAGCUCAGCCCACGGGCAGGAUGCGCUCCGGCACAGACACCCCGCUGACCAUCCACCAGGUUGCUUCACCCCAAAAGGACUCAUUCUCCACAGCUGACCUCACUGAUCUUGGGGAAUUGAGUCCACACCAGGAAGGGGCAGAAACAGCCAUGGCCACCACAGAGGGGACCCUAGGGAGCCCCCAGGAGGAGUGGCCCUCAUUUCACCUGGGAGAAGCAGCCCCUCCCCCUGCCUCCCACAAAGACCAGGUUUCUGGAGCUUCUUUCGGCCCCACUGGGGCUAGCCUCAGUUUCCAGCCAGUGCAGAACACCAGACUCUCCGGGAGAGGGCUCCCUGAGGCAGAAGAGGGCUGCAGGGGCUGCCCAGAAGCCUGUCUCCCGGACCCCGGAGAGCCACUCAAACCCCCGUCGGACGGAGGGAAGUUAGUGAAGAGCAGCCCAAACCAUGAGCCUUUAUUUUUUAAAAAUAACAAGGCCACCGGAAUCCAUCACAACGAAGACGUGCUGCUGCUCCUUCCCUGCAAGGCGCAGGGGCCCGGCCACGAUGCCCCUGAGCUGGAGGCGCUCAGCAGUCCUGUUGCCCAUUUGGCACCUAACUUGGCAUUUCAGGGUGCUGCAGUUCUGCAUCUGGGUGCCACUCCACCUUCUGGUACCAGGCACAGUGAGGUCCUCCAGGGACAUUCUCUAAGCAGUGCAGAUGGGACAGAAGAAACAGGUCCCCUCCACCCUGUAGCAGGGAGCCCUAGCUCUGAGGGUAACAAGAAGGUUGUACCAGCAGGGGCCUCCCCAAGUCCUGGCUGCAUGCCUGACAUCAGUCCUGGCAGGAGGCCCCAGGACCCAGCCGAAAGCCCCCUAUGUCAACUCCAGCUCCUGGUGGCCAGAGCAGCUGAGAAUGAAGAUGAUGACCAGAACUUACAGGGGGCCCAGCUUGCCAACACCCAGAGCCCUCAACAGAGCAACCCUUCAGAUGUGGAAGGGGACAUCAUGGAAUGUGGGAAUGUGGCCCACAGCCCUGGUAAGGGUUCCGAUGGGGGUGUGCAGAUGAUGACAGCUAUCUCUGAAGUGGCCGGAUGUCAGCUGAGGCCUGAGGCAGGUGACCAUCUGGGCUCACUCGGCCAGGCUGAGAAGCUCAAAGGCCCAGGCGAAGCCAGCCAGCUGCAACCAGAUAACUGGGGGAGCCUGGGGAGACCAGACAACCUCGCCACAGUUAAUGCUGACCCUGAAACUACACUGGCCAGCCCCGCUGGGGCUGCAGACCAGCUAGGGGGGCAGGUCCAGGGAAGCAGACCGAACUUGGGCCUUCAAAAUGAGGCACAGUCCGCUCCCAGCCCCUCCUCCUCUGAUGUGGAAUCUUUAGUCCCGGCCUUGACAGCAACCCAUGCCCAAAAUGGGCCUGAGGACUGGACUCCAGUGGCGGCCAGUCCAGGCCUUAAGAAACACCUGCUGCUCACUGGCGAGAGCCCAGAGCUCCCCAUGAGAGACCUGGCCAGCUGUGCCCCCUUGCCCAUUUCUGCAGCCACCCCUGUUCCCUGCAGCCUGGAGCACCUGCUCCAGGAAGACCCUCCCACAGUGCCUUCAGGUGAGCUGAGGGGGCUGCUCCCAGUGUCGCCAUCCCUCGGGGACCCUACCAGCAUGAAGCACCUGCCAGCCUAUUCCUCUGCCGGUACAGCUCUAAAAAGGGCUGACUGCACCCCAGCUCCCACAGAUGCUAGGGCUGGAGGGUCCCUGGCCACCUCUUCAUCUUUGAGGACAAGCUCUUGUGGCCUCAAGGAAAGCCUGGUUUGCCACUCUCUCCUAGGGGAACAGAGCCCACUGGAAGACGCUUCCACGGGCCAGCCUGGUCUCAUCAAUGCCUUCAUUUCCACCCAUGUGGGGGACCACCCUGAAGGCUACAUGUCAGGAUCCCUAGAGGGUUCUAGGAAAGAGAGGCUGAGGGGAUCUCCUGCCUAUGACGUCUCUUCUCCCCCAUCGAGGGCCAUGUCCCCAAGAGUGACCAUCCAGGCUGCAGCCCUACCCGGCAUUCCUGCCACAGAUGGCAUGGGAGCAGUCAGAGGCCCCAGCGCUGAGUGGCCAGACCCCCACUGCAGGGGAGCACUACCCCACAGCAGCCCAGACAGGACGCCCGAGGGCCCCCCUUCAGAACACCCAAGACACAGGGAAGACCAGAGCAUCACCACUGACGCUUCCUCCCAGAGGACAGCAGGGCCAGAGCCUCGUGCCUGCCAGGAAGGUGAGGCCGGGGCCAGCACCCAGGGCGAGGAGGACCUUAAGAUACCCGGGGCUGGGCGCCCUGGCAUUUCCAAGGCCUCAGCAGCUGGCACCAGAGGCCCAACAGUCGCCUGCCCUUGUGAAGAGCUCCAGCAGGACAGAGCCACGUCUCUGAGCAGCACAGCCAGCAACUCCAGGCCCAACUCCCCGCAGAGCCUCAGAAAUGUCCCCCAGCAGGUGCCCCAGGGGGACCCUCUAUGUCCCCAGGACCCCAAACAGAAGCCUGGUGGCUUUAAAAACAGCCCCGUGUCUACUGAGAGCAGCUGCUGGAAGAACCGAGACCCCAGCGGGAGGCCUGUGACCUGUGAGGUCUGCUCAGCCACCUUCCGAUCCGGACCAGGCCUAAGCCGCCACAGAGCCAGGAAGCACAGGCUACAGGGGGUCAUCUCCCAGCCAAGCCCCCCAGCCCCGGCUGCUCCCCAACCUGGGGAGCCUGCAGCCCAGAUGAACCGCCCCCCUGGGAAAAAAAGCCGCAGGGCGCCUGGGAAGGAGAAACCGAGGCACAGGCUGAGCAGCCCCAGCCACACAGCUGGGUCACCUCCGGUCCAGGGCUCCAUGGCUCCUGAGGAUGACCCAGGUCCCAAGAUGUCCAAGGGGCUCAGGCGGGGGGUCAGCAUUGUGAGAACACCAGUCUGUCCCCACAGCCGGGAACCACACCCCCCAGGCCUGGUCAAGCCAGGAGUGGGCUCAAGGCCUGCAGAGCCCAGGAAAUGGGGCUUGCUGCAGAGGGACGACCCCUGUCCCAAACGGGCAGAGAGAAGAGGAGGCAAGAGGCGGGGUAGAGCGCCCAUGGACAUCCCCCGCGAGCCAGAGGGGAAAUCAAAUAAGAAAUCGAGAAAGCCAAGAGCGAGAAGGUUCCGGGAGGAGCGCGGUCCUCCAGUCUCUCCUGAUGUGAUUUCAGAUAGAAGCCACCGGAAUCCAUCAACUGCGACUGUCAAUUACCCACCCCCUCUGAGCCACUGCCUCUCACAGGAGACAGAGCAGGAGACUGAGGUCACACAGCUCCCUCUCCUCCUGGCCACAGAACUGGAGGGGACGUCCGCACAGAAGUCACCUGGGAAGUUGAUGGCACCUCCAGGGAGAAUGGAGCGGGUGCCUCCUGCAGAAGAGAUGAGGGAGCAGAAGGCAGCCUUGGCAAGGGGGUCCCGGGGACCCAGAGAGACCAGGACAUCAGGUGUCUGCAGAGAACUAUCAAGGGCAGCUGGGGGUACACCUGCAGGGCACAGCAGUGCAACCGAGACUGGGUCAGGGCAAGCUGUCUGGGAAGAGCACAAGCCCCCCUGGGGACCCUCAGGCUCCCCAGAGACUUGUGGUUCUGAAGCAGGUGACACCAUCAGCAGUUGCUUCCAGGAGCAUGAAGGUGUCACUCCUGAAUCCCCCAGCCUGGGUCUCAGGGACCCUCUGAGCUUAUUUGAUGAUGAAGCCUCCUUUUCCCAGCUCUUCCCUCUGAGCAACCACUUAACUCGGAAGAAGAACCCCCGAGUCUAUGGGAAGCGCUGUAAAAAGCCAAAGCCUCCGCCAUUGCCAGAGCCCUGGGAGUUCCAGGGCAGUGACACUCUGCCCUCCGCCCACAUGCCCACAGAUCUCAGUGACUCAGGCUCCCUCUGCCUGUCCCUCGAGGACCCAUGGAGUGACGAGGCCAUGGGCCUGCCUGAGUCCUUCCUCCUGGAGGGCUUCCUCAGCAGCAAGAUGCCUGGCAUUGACCCCUGGGCCCCAGGACCCAGCCUAUGGGCCCUGGAGCCUGACCCAGAGGCGGACUGCGCCGAGCAGGAACCCUCCUGCAAUGCCAAGGACCACCCGUCGGAGAGCAUCCCUGAGCUGCACAUGGUCCCAGCGGCUUGGCGAGGCCUGGAGCUGCAGGCCUCCGCUGAUGAGACCGCCUCUUCUCUUGGGGACAUGAGCCCUGAGCCCCCCAACCUGGAGCAAGAACACUACAACUGCGGGCUCCCGGGGAAUGCCGUGGCUCUUGAGAGGCUCAGCCCUAGAUUUGAGAUGCAAGAUAUCUGCUUUCUGGGACCCUGCGAAGACCCUGUGGCUCUCUCCAACAUGAGCUUCUUAGACUUCAAGGCCACAGUGAACUCCCAGGGGUCACAGAGCCAAAGGACAGAGGAGGUGGCCAAGGCCAGAAGGGCCCCAGUCAGAGACCGGAAUGCCAGGGCCAAGAGGACACCCUACAAGUGCAGGGUGUGCUUCCAGCGCUUUCAUGGCCUGGGAGAGCUGGACCUCCAUAAGCUGGCCCACAGCCCCUCACCGCCCCCCACCUGCUACAUGUGUGUGGAGCGCAGGUUCGGUUCUCGAGAGCUGCUGAGGGAGCACCUGCAGGAGAAGCACGUGCAGGGCCGGGCGGGGCUGUGGGCCUGCGGCAUGUGCCUGCGGGAGGUGGCCGAUGUCUGGAUGUACAAUGAGCACCUGCGGGAACAUGCCCUACGAUUUGCCCGAAAGGGGCCAGCACGGAGGUCCCUGGGAGACCCAUCUGGACGCUGGGAGGGGGACAGCACGGUCACACACUUCCUGAGCAGCAUGAUGGGGCAGGCAUCCAAACCCCACAGGGGCAAGUGCUCAGCUGGCCAGGCAAAUGGGGGCCCUGCAGAGAGGGAGAGGGCAAAACCCAAGGCUCGUACCAAAAACUCAAACCAGGAUGGCACUUUGAUGCCAGACAGCACCUUAGCCAAAAGCAGUCCAUCAACCUGUGCAAACCCAGCUCUGCCCAGCAGUUCUGCCACUCUCCCUGGCUCCACCAAGACGUGCCCCAGCUUGUCCCCUGCACCCUGCCCCACCCGAGAGCCUCUACCCCACACCAUCCCAGUGCAUCAGGACUGCAAGGACCCCUCCCGAGACUGCCACCACUGCGGCAAGCGGUUCCCCAAGCCUUUCAAGCUGCAGCGCCACCUUGCGGUGCACAGCCCGCAGCGCGUCUUCCUGUGCCCCCAGUGCCCAAGGGUCUACCCUGAGCCCUGCGAGCUUCGUGCGCACCUCGCCAGGGAGCACGGGGUGAGGGAGGAGCUGGAGCUGCAACACACCCCACUGUAUGACUGUGAGCUCUGUGCCAACGUCACCCACAUCAGCAAGAGGUCCUUCAUCUGCAGCUCUUGCAACUACACGUUCGCCAAGAAAGAGCAGUUUGACCGACACAUGGACAAACACCUGAGGAGGGGGCAGCAGCCCUUCACAUUCCGCGGGGUGCGGAGGCCAGGCGCCUCUGGGCAGAAGACCCAGGUCCGGGAGGGCUCACUACCUAGUAAACGACGCAGAGUGGCCACACCCAGCAGCACCCCUGGGCCCGUCGUGGACAGGUCUCUGUCUCUGGGCAGCAGUUCCACCCUGAACGAGGCAUCCAUGCCAGCCCUGCUCCAGCCCUGCCUAGAGGCGGCUCCUGGUGGCACCCAGGGUCAGCCCAGGAGCCCAGAGAGGCCCAUGGAUCUUGAGGGCCACCUGGCCAUGGGCAACAAUCUGCCCUCUGACUCCCAAGAGUUCAUUUGCCCAUCCCUGUCUUCUUUCCCAGCAGCCUCAGCUGAUGGCAAAGAUGGCCACAAGCCAGACCAGGCCCUGGAGAGUCCCACAGAUGAGGCUUCCCCAGGCAGCCCUGGGCCUCUUCUCCAGCAGGCUCUCCCUCUAGAGGGAUUUCUACCCCAGCCAGGGGCCAGAGGCCAAGCCUCAGAGAGCCUAUUCUCAGGGAAAGGCAGGACCCCAAGUGCCCCUGGCAAAUGUGCUCCUGACCAUCACCCAGAAGCCUCCUCCAUGCUCCGGAAGGAGAAGCAGGUGUCCACGUGCUACAUGGUGUCUGAGGGGGACAAGGGAGUCCCCUCCCAUAAGGGGAGUGCCACCAAGCAUGGGGGCUGUCAGAGUUCAUCAAAGGACAGGCCAACUCUGUCUCUCCCCAGCAAAGCACCCAAGUUCCCGGUGCAAUCAAAGAAGGCGAUGGCCAGCCCAAAACCUGGAGAGCCAGCCCGUGGAACUGAGGACAGGCAGAAGGCCACUGCCCUCAAACCCAAGCCAGGCCCCAGCUCCCAGGGCAAUGGAGGCCCACAGCACAGCACCAAGACAGCAGGUGGCAGCCAGCCUCAGCCAGCCAGUGGGCAGCUCCAGAGCGAAACAGCCACUACCCCAUCCAAACCCAACUGCCCAGCCCAGAGCCCCGCCCCAGACAAGCUCCCCACUCGAGCCCCAGCCAAGGGCUACUCCAAGGCUCCAAGGGAAGCUGGUGACCAGGGGCCCCAAGGGAGCCUGGUCCCCAGGGAGGACAGGGAGGGCAAAGAGAAGAAGAGAAAGGGCCGGGCCCUGGGGCCAAGCAAGAGUGAAAGUGUGGGGAGCUUGGGAAGGGCCCCUUCAGUCCCUGACAAACCCCGCCGGGCUCCCCGGAAGCAGGCUACUCCCAGCCGUGUGCUCCCUGCCAAGCCCAGGCCCGGUAGCCAGAGCAGCAUUACACUGCCUCAGCCCUCAGAGCAGCAGAGGGGGGAGCCCAGCCACACACACCGGGACUUCAGACGCAGCAGAGAUGGACUAGGCAAAGCCUUUCCCCAGGCGAGACCCCUGCACAGGACCCCCAAGAGGGGCAGAGCUGUCCGCGGUGCUGAACAUGCCCAUCGCCGAGCCUGCUGGACUGCUGAAUCCCAGAACGACCUCCUCAGCCAGCUCUUCGGACAGAGACUAACCAGCUUCAAGAUCCCUCUAAAAAAGGACCCCUCUGAGUAAUUUAUAGGAGUGAGAGAGUGCAUGGGAGAAGGGCUGGGGGAUGAACCCAGUGAAUAAGGGACUCCUGUCUACACUGGCAAGCUUCAGUACUCAGAGAUAGUUUGAUUGGUGGCCACAUCUUAAUCCACCUGACUUACCAUGCAAAUGCUCAGACUCCAGUGUUAGAGCUGAGACUCUAAUGCUUGGAGUAGGGCCUGAGGUUGAUGGACAGCAAUACCCUUCAACCUAGAAGGUUAGGACGAGGGGCUGGCCAGCAGCAGGCU